CAAAGGAACAGGAAGAUCAACUUGUCUCAUACGUGUUAGAAAUGGAGACGAAACUUUUUGGUUUGUCUAUAACAGAAUUGCGAAAAAUUGCUUAUCAACUUGCACAAAUGAAUCAAGUCCCCCAUAAUUUUAAUAAUAAUACUCACGAAGCCGGGAAGGACUGGGUUAGGGGGUUUUUGAAGCGGCACCCUCAACUUUCUAUUCGUUCGCCAGAACCAACGUCAGCGGCCAGAGCCAUGGAUUUCAAUAGAACCUCAGUACAAAAGUUCUUUGAAUGUCUAAUUAACGUGUACGACCGCUACAAAUUUCCUGCUGGAAGAAUUUUUAAUUGUGACGAAACGGGGCUAACAACGGUUGGAAAAAAGAGCCACUCAAAAAUUAUUGCAAAACGAGGACGAAGGCAAGUUGGGGCAAUAUCUUCUGCUGAGCGUGGCCAGCUCAUAACAGCUGAGCUUUGCUUUUCUGCUGCUGGCAAUUACGUUCCUCCACUUUUGAUCUUCCCAAGACAACGAAUGAAGCCGGAACUUCUGGACGGUGCACCACCGGGGACAAUUGCCGCAUGUCACUCCAGUGGGUGGAUGCAAAGCGAAAUUUUUGUGCAAUGGCUAAGACAUUUCAUUAAUCACACUAAACCGACGGAAAACGAUCCAGUACUUUUGCUCCUUGAUGGCCACGCAAGCCAUACGAAAAAUCUGGAAGCAAUAAAGCUGGCCCGCGAGAGUCACGUAGUUCUUCUUUGUUUCCCACCCCAUUGCAGCCACCGCAUGCAGCCUUUAGAUGUGGGUUUCAUGGCUCCCUUAAGCGUCUACUAUGGCCAGGCAAUUAAAGUAUGGUUAAGAACAAAUCCAGGGCGCGUUGUCACUCAAUUUCAAAUAGCGAAAUUGUUUGGAACCGCCUUUACUAAAGCCGCUUCUAUGGAAACAGCUAUGCAUGCGUUUUCAAAACCCGGAAUUUGGCCCCUAAACCCAAAUGUGUUUACCGAUAUCGACUUCGCUCCGUCAGACGUUACUGAACGUCCUACAGAUGCAGAGAUUUCUGAAAUAGAGCAGCACAUUAUGAAUGAUCGUCAAACUCCACCACCACAGCAGCCUGCUGAUACCGAAAACAACACGUCCUUGCAUGGCAAUCUAGCAUCGUCAGAAGACGCUGCACUUCCAGGAUGUUCCAAUAGUUUCACGGUAGGGCCAGAAGUUGUUUGCCCUAUUCCAAAGGGAGUUAGAAAUAAAGCUACAAGGCAAAGAGGAAAAGCGGCAAUAUUGACAUCUACCCCAUAUAAAGACGACUUGGAAGAGCAAAUCAAUAAUUCUAGGACGAAGCAGGUCAAACGGAAACUUGUUCCAUCAGGGCCUUCAAAAAUAACAAAACAGAAAAAAAACGUCACUUCAACUGAUGACUCGAGCAGCGAAGAUGAUGACAACCCAGACUGUGCCAAAUGUAAGAGGUCAUACUCAAAAUCAAAAGCCAAUGAAGGGUGGGUGGAAUGUCGUCAGUGUCACAAAUGGUACCACGAGGCUUGCACUGGUGUCGGGGAUGAGGAUCUGGACACAUUUAUCUGCAAUAAAUGCAUUUAGAUCUGAUACAUUUUAAUUUUUGUAUACGGCGGU